CUCGCGCAUGCGUGGUGGGAACCAAAGCGUUUCCUGUCAAGAUGGCGCUGAGCAGAGGAGCGGGGUUGUUAAGGACAUGGAGCAGGUUGUUACCCGGACACCCUCUCCCGUUCCCCGCUGCAGUCCGAACUCAGAGCUCCGUGAGCGGGGUUCUGGUGCCGCAGACCUCCCUGUCGAGCCCGCCGUGGCCGGAGCAGAUGAUCCCGGUGGACGAGGAGGAGGAGCGGAGGCGACACGCCGCGGUGGUGAGCACCGUGAACCAGCGGAUCGACCGACAGGACUUCGGCCGCCUGUUCGCAGUUGUGCACUUCGCCAGCCGACAGUGGAAGGUCACCGGCGAGGACUUGAUCCUGAUCGAGAACCACAUCGAGGCGGAGUGCGGGGAGCGGAUCCGCAUGGAGAAGGUGCUGCUGGUGGGCGCGGAGGACUUCACCCUGAUGGGCAGGCCUCUGCUGGGGAAGGAUCUGGUCCGGGUCGAGGCCACCGUCAUCGAGAAGACAGAGUCCAACCCCAAAGUGCACAUGCGGUUCUGGAGGAGACACCGGUUCGAGCGCAAGAGGAUCAUCAUCCAGCCGCAGACGGUGCUGAGGAUCAACAGCAUCGAGCUGGCCCCCAGACUCACAUGGUGAUGAAGAGUAGACUAUUUCACACUUUGUUUUGUAUUUAUAUAAAUAUGUAAACAUUAAUGCUGCAACAAGGUGACUCUUUUGACUGAUGUUGACUGGGUUUAAAACUGUAAAUAAAGAUUCAUCUUUUGCAGAUGGCUGAUACUUUA